ACGAUCAUCUUCUACGACUAUGGUAUCUGACCAGUUAUAUCACAAGUUGGUGCAAGCAUGCUUAAAUGUGGUCUCUGUCAGGCCUCGUUUUCACUCGUGAAGUAGAGCUGAUAUGGUGCCAACGUUGGAGGCUAACGACAGUUCUAUAUAUCAUUGCACGUUACUUGGGUCUUGCAAUUGCGAUAAUUCAGAUAUUAGGGGGGCCAGGCAUCUUGUUGAGUGAUACGGUGAAGCGUGGCAUUGUUGGCAAAUCAUGGUCAUGGGGAAUGGUCGCCCUCGCGUGUACGAUGUAUGCGAUCAUGUCAAUCCGUGUUUUUGCCAUGUAUCACCGAUCCAUGCGGAUGAGGAUAUUCCUUAUUAUCUGCUUUCUGGUCGCUAGUGCUUUCCGAGGAGUAACGGAUGGCUUAGCAUCUGAAGAAUGCGUGCUUUCCGAGUCGGGAGUCUGCACUACGUGCAUGGCCUCCAUGGUGCCCUUUUUUGAGGGCAUUCCAAGUCUAUGCAUCGAGCUUCUAUUUCUCCUCCUUACCGUACGGGUCCUCGUGGAGUAUGUCCGCGAGAUGCAGAGAACACGUUCAGACGAUAGAUUUGGUGAUGGUCAUGGCGACAUUAUUGCCAUCCUUAGGGACCAUGUACUGCAUUUUUCGUGCUAUCUCAUAUUGAGCGUCAUGCAGGUUGCUACUAUAUCUGCAAAUGGUGGUACCGACGGGAGCCGGUGGUAUAGGAGCAUUGCAACAUUCUUCGUCACCAUCCAACAAUGUGUCCUGGUUCCUCGAUUGGUCAUCAGUACUCGAGAAUAUUUCUCUCAGCUCGAUUAUGUAUCGGACAGAGUGACAGACCUCGAUGCCAUGGCAUUCGCAUAUAACCCCAAUGUAAAUAUAUAGACUUCGUCUGUGAACUGCAAAAGCAACCUCGAU